UCCGACUUCUAUCUUCUGGAUGUAACCCUAUAAAUUCCCUUCGCUCAUAGAUGUAUAGAAGCAUAGAAUUAGAAGAUUUUACUUGGAAUGUGACCAUGGUGAAGACAAGGACACGGUUGUUAUGGUUGGAUACCAACUCCCAUCUGAAGUAAUCUUUCUGGAUGAUCAUCCCAUUAUGAAGAAUUUUUCAUAAUUCGAUCUUCGAUGGAAGAAAAAGAGUUCAAGGUUCCACUUUUCAACUUUUACUAAUCUCCCAUUUGAGGUCCUGUCGUCCUCCCUUCCCCAUAGACAUGCUUCGUUUGGCCUUCCUAGUAUAUUUGUUUAGAAAUGGCACUCCUAUAAACAUUUUGUUCUUUUUCGUUUGUUUAUUCAUCUCACCCGAUGCCACAAAAAGAAUUUUUAAAUUUCUUUGGAAAUAUAAAUAUGGGUCAAAAAUAAAUUUUUUUCAGAAACAAAAAAGAAAAUAAUAAAACGCACCGUUUAGGCUCAAAAGAGACGACCAACAAAGUAGGAACAAACACACAGAGAAUCUAGCUGUCCAGGGAAGAUCUCUAUAUCUCUGUCAGUCUGAGUUUUACGGUUCCUUAAAAAAGAAUAGUCAAAUAAUUCUCCUCCUUUCCUCUUCUCUUUGCAAACAGUGGGAUAAGAAUUAGAUUUUCUUACCUAAAUCCCCAACAACCUACAACAUUUUUCUCCAAUCGGAUCUAAAUCUUUGGCUUUUCAUUUUGGGUGAUCUAAUCUUGUCUGAAAAAUUUUGAAGAUGAGUGAGGUGUUCGAAGGGUAUGAACGACAGUACUGUGAACUCUCAGCCAAUCUGUCCCAAAAAUGCAAUUCUGCUUCUCUUAUUCUCGAUGCAGAACAGAAGAAGCAGAAGUUUUCCGAGAUAAAUUCUGCGAUUGAUGAGGCUGAUGUCCUGAUUCGGAAAAUGGACCUGGAGGCAAGGAGUUUGCAGCCAGGGGUAAAGGCAGCACUUCUUGCUAAAUUAAGGGAAUAUAAGGCUGAUCUGAAUAAGUUGAAGAGGGAAUUCAAGAGAAUUUCUUCACCUAAUGCUAAUCAGGCUGCUCAUGAUGAGUUGUUGGAGUCUGGGAUGGCUGAUGCUCACUCGGUUUCGGCUGAGCAAAGAGAAAGAUUAUCAAUGUCAGUGGAGAGACUAAAUCAGUCAAGUGACAGAAUUAAGGAGAGUAGAAGAACUAUUCUGGAGACAGAAGAGCUUGGUGUGUCUAUCCUUGAAGAUUUACAUCAACAGCGCCAGACUCUCCUACAUGCCCAUGACAAGCUUUAUGAGGUCGAUAAUGCCAUUGACAAGAGUAAGAAAGUUUUAACCACCAUGUCACGGAGGAUUACCAAGAACAAAUGGAUCGUCGUAUCAAUAAUCGUUGCUCUUGUCGUUGCAAUCAUCGUAAUCCUUUAUUACAAGAUUUCACAUCGCUAAUGAAUCUUUGAACCGUUUUGCC